CGCCACUCCACCGCCCGGCUAAGAUGGCGCUGGCUGAGGGAAACGCCGUGGCGGCUUCGGCGCCGGCAGACGAAGAGUCCGAGCCGCCGCCGCCGCCGCCGGCAGCACCGGGGGCGGCGGCAGCUGCUGCCACCUCCUCCGGCGCGGCCCGGCCGGCCCGACUGCCCCUGGCGCGUGUCAAGGCGCUGGUCAAGGCCGACCCGGACGUCAGCCUGGCCAGCCAGGAGGCCAUCUUCAUUUUGGCGCGCGCGGCGGAGUUGUUUGUGGAAACCAUUGCAAAAGAUGCCUACAUCUACGCACAGCAAGGAAAACGGAAAACUCUCCAGAGGAAAGACCUGGACAACGCCAUAGAAGCAAUAGACGAGUUUGCGUUUCUGGAAGGUACUCUGGACUGACGCAAGAAAGGGGAAUCCCUGGAAGGAGAGAUUGGAACAGAACGUGCCGUGCAAAAGGCACAGAAGGAAACGUCCCCAGGGAGAUGAAGGGACUGUUUCUGCUUGCCAGACCUGGUGGAUUUGAAAUGGCCCUGAAUUUGAAACAGGCUCUGUUGUAAAUUCCUUUGUAUAUACCCCAACCCUUGUGGUUUCUCCCAAGUCUGUAUGUCAUUUUGUACUCUAAAUACAUACAUCUUUUUUCCACA